AGCUGCAAAUUUAGGAAUUAAGAACGAAGAUUUAUCAAGGCAGGAAAUAUAAGUUUAAGUUGAACGACUGAGUGGAGAUUGAUAUAUGAGAUAUUACAGAUAGAGUCGAACAAAGACAAAGACACCUACCCAGAGAUGGCGCAUCAAAGGGUCACAUCGACCCUGGAUGGGGUGAAGGAACCCCAUUCUGUUAGUUUGAAGGUUUUGAGGUAUGUUGUGUUUGUUUUACUUUAUGAUUUGAAUUCUAUUUCGAAUGAAAUGGUAGCGUCAGGUACUAAAUGGUCGUCUACAGACUUUCGCGCCCAUCCCUCUCAAUCCAACAUCCACUUCCCACACACUCCCCUUCACCACCUCCGAAUCUCAGUCUUCCAGCACCCUCAGCCUCCCUCGCAUACCCAUCUCCCGCUCCUUCGAACUUUAUUCUCUCGCCUCUUCUUACGCUUCCUCCAGCUUUUGGAUCUGCAUAUGUGGGGGAGACGUUUAGUUGUACUCUUUGCGCUAACAACGAACUCCCUCCUCUUCCCCAACUCGCUCAAACUCACACCUCCCCGGACAUUGCAGCCUCCUCAGAUACUACUAAAAUAAUAUCAAAUAUAACUCUCACCGCUGAAAUGAAAAUACCCUCUACGCCAAACCCCAUCUCGCUUCCUCUCUCUGGCCCUUCCCAAUCCCCUCCAACGUCUACAUCUGGAGAAGAAAGUCCAGAAACACCUAUAUCCCAGACAUCUCUUCAAAAGGUUCUUCAUUUCGACCUCAAAGAAGAAGGAGCUCACGUUCUAGCCGUCACAGUCACCUAUACUGAAUCUUCUCCUUCGUCUCCCCCUCGCACCCGCACAUUCCGCAAGCUAUAUCAAUUUAUCUGUAAAGGGUGUCUCGUUGUCCGUACCAAAACUGGUACAUUGCCAUCCCUGAAAUCUACAUCUUCAAAUCGCUCAUCAACAUCCAUCCCGCCAACCUCUCCAUCCAAAGAAACAAAACGCAAAAGAAGCUACGCACUAGAAGCUCAAUUAGAAAAUAUUACAGAAGACAACCCUAUCACCUUAACCUUAGUUCAUUUAACUACCACGGAAGGAUUUAAUGCUACAAGUUUAAAUUGGGAGGUUGUAGUUUCUGAUUCGGAGAAGGAAAAUGGGGGAGGGGAGGCAGAAUUGGAAAGACCUGUAUUAGCACCGGGAGAUAUUCGUCAAGUUUGCUUUUUGGUUGAGGAAAAGGAUCCUGAGGGUGAAAAAGAGGGCAUACAGGGAGAGAAUGAAAAGGAAAGUGAAAUUGUAGACGGUAGGCUGAUAUUCGGGGUGCUAAGUAUAGGAUGGAGGGGUGCCAUGGGAAAUAAGGGAUUUUUGAGUACCGGAAAUCUGGGGAUAAGAGUUUCGUGAGGGGAUUGGUUAAUUCAUAUACUAUAUCAUUGAUAUAGGUUGAGGACUAUUUGUAAAUAACUCAUGCUGUCGAAGGAUACUUGACAGAAUCAACAGCUGGAUAAGUUGCACGAUGAUCUCGAUGAUGAUUGUAAAUAGCUACGAAAUUAGAUGAUAUUAUAUAAAUGUCAUGGUGGUGAU